AUGCUGUCGUGGCUUCGGGCUGCGAAGCACCACCACCUUCGCCGCAGUACUGCAGAACUGGAAGCAGCAGCAGCAGCAGCAGCAGCAGCAGCAGCAGCAGCAGCAGCAGAUUUGUUGCUUCUGCUGUGGCAGCCCCUGCUGAAGCACGCAGCUUCUCUCCAAGCGGCGUACACUGCGCAGUGUCUAGAAACAGCCGUUAGGGCGGCCCCUUUGCUGCGACUGCGGCUGCUGUUGGCACAUCUGCUCCAGCAGCUUCUUUCUGCGCAAAGUCGAAUCGCUGCACGCAUGCAGCAGCAGCAGCACCACCACCACCAACAAGAGCAGGCGCAGCAGCACGAGGAGCGGCGAGUCCUCUGCCUGUCGCUGGCCUUGGUGGAGGUGUGGCAGCGAGAGCAGCAACUGCAGCCGUCCUGCCCGUGUUGCAGAGGCGUCCAGGAGCACAGCUGGCUGUUAGCUUCCCUGCGGGGUGCCUUGCUGGGGCGGUUGCAUCCUCUCGCGAAUUCCAGGGUCAAUGGGGGCCUCAAUUUUUGUUGA